AUGGCGGAAGUGUACAGGCAGGCUGCAGCGGUGCUGCAGCUGAUGGAUGCAAAGCGUCUCGGCCUCAGAGACGCACUCUAUGGGGCUGGUCGGCCAUCUCCACACGCCUUAGCCAAGGUGUAUGCGCUGCUUUCAAAAACGCUGGCAGUGCGUCCGCUGCUGGAGCAGGUGUUACGCAAGGCCAACCUUCUGUCUACUUCCCCAGCAAAAGGCGGCAUCGCACCAGGAGCAUCAGGAGCAUGGAGGAACUCUAUGCUGCUGCUGAUGCUCCGGGAUUUGCUGCUUUCUCCCAAAGGCAUUGAAGGAGGAGGGCAACUUAAACGGCAGUUGCUACAACAUGAGUCCCUCUUGCGACGUCUCUUUUCGGCAGCAGAGGCGAGCCUCGAAGCUUCAGGGGCAUCUGAACUAGCGGAGGGAUCAGCGGCGGCAACAGCCAUUCCAAGAUAUUUACGCGUGAAUGAGCAUUUGUGGGAGCUAACAGCGGCGUCCGCACUUCUAAAGGAACAACUUCCACCCUCUAUGUGGGUUAUUGAAGACCCUCUUCUGCCGUGCACUUUGGCGUUGCCUGCUGCUGCAGCACGGCUGCUGCAGCAGCCACAGCUAGCGCCACGGAAGGACACCCCAACGCAACAGAACGGUACAGAAAAGGCAGUGAAGGAUUCACAAAUCAAGAGGCCACAACAACAAAACGCUCAGCAUCGGCACCACCACCUGACACUGCACGAACUGGUUCCUAUGGGCCUCCUGUCUCUUCAAGACAGAGCCAGUUGCACUGCGGCCCUUGCCGCCGCUGUUGUUGAGGGCGAUAUUAUCCUCGAGGGCUGCGCCGCUCCGGGCAGCAAGACACUGCACCUCCUUGCAAUGCUCGGAAAACGAGGCCACUUGGUUAUCCUCGAAAGGGAGCAUAAACGGCUCGCAACGCUUCUGGGGAGACUCCAGACUGAGGGGGGCCUUAGGGGCCCCUACCUUUCGCCCUGCUGCAGCGAGAGGCAUGCCGCUAAGAUCCCCUCCCCGAGGGGAUCCCAGCCUGGCAAAGGCUAUUGUGAUCGGGAGGGCAGCGCCACCAGCACAGCUAGCAAAGUCAAGCUCCUGCAGCUUGCACGGCUCGCAGCCAAGCGGCCGCUCUAUUUCACGCGAGCAUGUGAGGCACCCCGGAAUACAGACGCCGGAGCAUCAGCAGCAGCGAGCUACCCGGCCUUAGCAGCUGUCCUCCCGCUCCUGCUCGUGGAAGUUAGAGCGGCCGACUUCUCUACGAUUGAUGGACGGGUUCCUCCGUUUUGCUUCGCCCAAAAGAUCAUCCUGGACCCUUCUUGCUCGGGCAGUGGCCUCCCCACGCAUAAAUCAGCACUUCCGCUAGCGCCAGCAUCUACAGAUGACGGGUGUGCUGCCGAAAAUAUCGACAUAAGGACACUCAAACACCACUUGGACCCGCCAGACUUGCUGCAGUGUAGCUGGGAGGGCUGGAGCCGCAGCCAUCUCGAGAACCCUCCCGCGGGGUGCCCGCAAGGGCCCCUCCCGAGUAUACUGCCCCCAGCAGCAGAGGAAGACAGGGUUGUGCGACUGGCUGCACUGCAGCAUAAGCUGCUUUCACAUGCGCUUACCGCCUUUCCUUCUGCCUCCCUUGUGUGUUACUCGACGUGUUCGCUGUAUGUACACGAGAAUGAGGCAGUUCUAUUGCGAGCGUGUCUGCAACAACAGCAGCAGCAACAGCCCAGCCCUGCUCGCUGGAGAGUCUGCCAGCCUCCUCUCCACUCGGGGUGGUUUCCUUUACCUUCGGCCAUUGAAGAACUGCGGUAUCAAGUUGCAAGCUGUGGCCACAGCACAGAGAGCGGUGGGAAGAGCCCCACGGCGAUACUGGACGAGGCACUGUGCUCCUUUGGAACAUUGUGCGUGAGGGCUUUUCCACAGAUUCACAAGUGCAGGGGCUUCUUCCUUGCAACGCUUCAGAGAGAUAGGCCCCCGCAUGCACAGGCAGUGCCACCUGUAGAAGCAGCUGCAUUCACAGGAUACAAGGGACCUAGGAAACGGAAGAACCCCAAUAAGAAAGAGGCCUUAUCACUGUCUAUCGCGGAAAAAGGGGGCAGCACAGCCCGCAAGAAACCUAAGCUACGUAGCUGCACCAAGCCACCUAGAUGCCUGUGGCGUCUCAUGCCGGUCGUUUUCGAAGCUGCACCAACACUAGCAAGAGAGUUUAUAGCAGGGAGAGGGAACGUCAGGGCGGAAACCCGUUUUUAG